AUGGCAUCUGGUGAUAAAACAAACCCAAGAGUUUACCUCUUUGAAGACGAUUGUGAUAUGAUUUUAGAGCUUGUUCGCUGUCGCCCGACAGAAAGCACAGGCGGAGAUCUGUUUGGUCUGUGGACAAACGACCGUGAACCUGUUCUUCACAUAGUCACUGGUCAGGGAAGAGAAACUGUGAGUUCGCCUCAGGAAGUGUUCUCAUCAAAUAACGCGUCCAACGACUCGAGAAUUGAGGAUCUUGGCGCCAGACUGACAAAUAAGUUUCAAUUGAGUUAUUUAGGAAAAUGGCAGUAUAUGCCUCGUUCAAAGCAAACUGAAGCGGAAAUAAUAGCGACGGUUAGCCAAAACACGCUCUUUAAAUGGAAUGGAAUGAGGGAUUUUCUACUCAUACUGGCAAGUUGUGAUGAUCAGUCUUCAAAAGUGGAACUAAAUCCUUAUUUUCUAUCACGAUUUUCAACUACAAUGAGAGGAGAAAUUGCGAAUGUACUUCCUAGACAUAGUAUAUUCAAAGAAGAUGACGACAUAGCGAGUAUUAUUGACUCCCUCAUCGACAGAGGCAGUUUUUGGGAGGACAACAUAAACAGAGCGGGCUCAGCUACGAAACAGAGAAUAGAAGGGAAUAGAAAGGAAACGGAAGCCCUCGACCAAAGAGAAAGUUAUGAAAAUCAAACAUCGGACAAAAUCACCUCGAAGAGCCCCGAAACCUUUCGCGAAAACAGUGAUCCCUACCUAAAGCUGUAUAUGUUCCAUGAUCACCUGCAAAUGAUUAGGGAUGUUGUUGGUUGUCACCCAGAUGCAGAGGCUGGGGGAUAUUUAUACGGUUUAUGGACAAACGAUGGCGAGCCUGUCUUGCACAGAGUAACCAACAACAAAAACUCAGCCACAGAAAUCGAAAUUUCUUCAGAAGCCCGGUACCUGGAGUGUGUUGGCAGAUGGAAGUACAUGAGUGUUUGCGAAAACAUCAGAAGCGAAAUGAAAAGCCCACAGCCAGAUAAAAGAAGCUCUGUGUUUCUAAUGUUAGAGCGCGAAGAAGACCAGUUUAUGCCGUCAGCUUUCUUUCUAUCCGAUAAAAGUUCUUUCCCAAGAAAAAUGGAAAUUGAAGUCCUCGAUCGAAAAGGAGCCAUGAAAGGAGAGAAAUUUAUUGACAAGGACGACCGAUGUGAAGACACCGAUCACGGUGAAAGACAACCAUGUUGUGACCUGGCAGUCCCUGAUAUUAACAGAUUUGAGAUGGGCUUUGCGUGCAACCCGCGUCAAUUAAAGGUAUACCUUUUCCAAGAAGACUUUGAGAUGAUGAAAGACCUUGUUCUCCGUUACCCUAACGUUGAGACGGGUGGAGAUCUUUUUGGUCUGUGGACAUCUGAUGGCGAUGCAGUGCUUCAUAUGGUACUGGGCCCUGGUGAGAACUGCAAGAGGACAGCAACUUCAUUCUAUCAAGAUAUUCCUUACCUCCAGGAAAAAGGGGAGUUGCUAACUACAAAGUACAUGCUGUGUCACAUUGGGGAAUGGCACUCACAUCAUCAACUGCACCUUUACGAGCCAAGUCAUGGCGACUCGUCCACUGUCAUCAGACAUUAUCCCCACGGGACAUGUGGCUUUCUUCUGAUCAUUGCUAAUAUUUUGCCAGACACUGUUCUUCUGUCGCCUUACCUUUACACAGCAAGAUCACAAUAUGAUUCUUAUCAAAAAGGAAAACUAGUUCUCUUACCUUCUCAGAAUGCCUUCAAAAGAGAUGCAGAAAUUGCUCGAACAAUUAGCAGAGGACGAGAAAAACGGUCAAAUUCCCAAAGUGGCAUGACCCAGUAUUCCCAUCACAGUCGCUUACCUCCGAUACAAAGGACUUCCUCUCAAUUCAACGCUUCAAUAAUAAGCAAAGGAAGAGGACAAUAUUCAAAUUUCCAAAGAGGUAUGGCCCAGAAUCCCCCACAUCAUGGCUUACCUCAGAUAACAGAGACUUCCUCUCAAUUCACUGAAUCACGCAGGGAAUCAAACAAUGACAUUAACGAUGAACCGAUGGAUCAAAGUUAAACUUGACUGAACACAGCCUCUGUGAAACUAAAAAAAUAUGAAUUCACUUGCAACUCUAAAGAACGAUUUCCAAGGACUGCGCUGAGUUGCCCACAAAAUUUGAGUUCGGCGUUGUGUUUUCUAUCAACAAAGCAACUUAGAGAUUUUGUUUUUUAACAGAAUUUUCGCUUUACACUGGUCAUCAUGGAUAGCUGUCCAUCCGCCUGUAUGUCGCGUAUGCUGAACUCAGUUUUAGAAACUGGUCCUUCGACUUCAUAUAGCAUUUCCGAAUGAUGAUAUCUCAAUUUUUUUUGCACAAGUUUUAAAAAAGGGUCAUUAUUAGAGAUACAGUCGAACCUGUAUUUAGCGGCAACGUAUUGAGCGGUCACCUUGUGUUAAGCGGUUAUUCGUCAAAAACCCGUAAUUUUUUCCCGUUAGGUACUUUAAUUUUCACCUCUAUUUAGCGGUCAACCUUAUUAGGCGGUCGUGGUCAUCCUUGACCAAGAGAAUAUCAACAUUUGAUAUUUGAUAUUCUCAUUUGAUAUCUCAUUUGAUAUUCUCUUGCCCUUGACUGAGUCCCAACGGCCUGUUUGUAUUGCCCUCCACCUGUAUUGAACGGUCACUUAGAGCGGAUCCACUCAGAAAAACUAAGAACAAUCUCUAAAGUAAAAUUUAUCCUAUGGUUAUCUCACGGAAUCAAUACUAGUUCUUUGAGUUCACAGUUCCUCAACGCAUUGCAGAUUAUUUUUUUCUUCUUAAUCUUUAGACUGUUAGGACAAAUAUCACGCAAGUCAUUUGCUGGUGAACCUGUAUCAAGCGGUCAACAUAUUUUAAAUGGUCACCACGCCAUUCCCGAUGGGUGACCGCGCUUAAUACAGGUUCGACUGUAGAGAGAAAUAUAAUUUAUUCAAUCCGCCACUCUCUGAUGAAGUUGCGAUUUCCCAGCAGCUCUUUUUACUUGCGAUGGAUAAUGGUUAACUUUGAUAGACCACAGGCUACCCAUCAAGGGUAUAAUGUUUUCGAAAUAUUGGAACAAUGCAAAAAGUCGUGAGAGGAUGCUCCAUGCACUCUUCCCUCCCCCCCACCCCUUCUUUUAUCUUAACAUGGUGUCACCAGACCAUAAUUAAGUCUCUGUCAGAUAGAACAAAGCAGUAGAUUUAUUGUUGUUUAAUCGUGUUUUUGUUCCAUUCUACCGGAUCAUCCAACAAAUGAAAGCUAUUCUGUAAAGGAACAAUCACAACCAAAUCGUGUACAAAUUAAAUCCCUUCCCAUAGCCGCUGGUAUCCAGGAACAAUUUUUCAGGAAGGGAAACGGGGCAGGACGGGUAAUAUAAAAGCGUUUGAUUCUGGCACGCAAAUAAUUAGGGAAGCUGUUUCUUAGGUCAGAAAUAUAGAGAAUCGUUAUGAGUUGAAAGGUAUGAAUAAUUUACAUUUUUUUAAUAUUGACUAACUCAGGAGGAUUAUGAGAACGUUGUAAGGUGAUUGUAUGGAUUUCCUCUCCCAAUGGUACCUCAGUACCCUGCUACAAUUAAUAAACAAUCAUAACCGGAUCACGGAAUCGUGUGUUAUUAGAAUUGACCAAGGUCGCGAACUAUUAAAACAACAACAACAACAACAACAACCAAUCAAUGUCUCGCAAAAUCACGAUUGAUGCGUUGUUUAGAGGAAAACUAUUUCUGGACAUGUCUUACAGCAAUAUUUUGAAAGCAGUACGUAAUUUCCACGACCAAUAAUUAAGCUAAAGCUAUCCUUCAUUUCUCAGGAAAAGUGAAUAAUUCGUAAACUCGACCGUCUGUCAAUAGACUAUUAAUUCACAGCAAAUCAUUUCUUCGAUGUGACAUACAUUGAAAAUAUUUCAGUUAUAUGCUACUCCCUAAUCGUUUCCGGGAAACACAGCUUUUGGCCGUUGAAUAAAAGUUUUAAGACAUUUGAAAAUGAGGGGAAAAUGAGGGGAAAAAUUAAAGCACCUGAGUAAGGAACUACAAUUGAUGCCCAUCGUUCUAAGUGGCAAAAUUUUAGAACAGACCCACAGUUCUGAAUAGUAAACAACAAAGCUAGCACCACACACAGAAAAAAAAACAAGUUCUUGAGCGGUGUCUACUCGGGUAUUUUAAAAAUACUCUUAAAAGCAGUACGUAAAUUGUGUCCUUUGUCACAUACUCUGUCACAUGCGCUGCCUCUGUGCCCUAUGAAGCAGUAAACAUUGAGCUCCUCGCCAAAUGUUAAGAUGUCAAGGGCGCACAAAAUCUGUAUCAUUCAAUUGAGACCUGUGUAGUGUAGAAGGAAAUCCAAUGGAAGAAUCCACCAGACCCAGGCUUGUAAAUCCCGCUAAAAACAUUCCUAUCAUUUCUCGUCCUAGCCUCUGCCGUCAUGACAACUUUUAACUUCCCUGCAUCAUCCAUUGUAACUUCAUAGUCAGGAAAGUUUUCGGGAUUCGCAAAGUAAACUGCGAGAGUGGGUACUUGAGAUGCCAUCCUGCAAGUUUAGGUCUAGAAUGAUCGAGCUUCCCUGAUGGCCAGUGGCUGAUACACUAUAGAACUGUAAACAACGUUAAGUCCUUGUUAGAAGACAUCCAUGGCGUGACUUCGACGAGAAAUCUCUCUCUGAUUGGAUUACUUUUUAAAAUGUUGACGUCACCCAACCUCUUUCUCAGAAAUGCAGGAAGGUCAGACCUCACAUACAAGUCUCAUUGAAAUGCUCUUUCCAAAGAAAGCAAAAUAAGAAAACAAAAUAAGCUGUCACCAAAAGACAAACUGUUUGGAAGAUUUGCUAAUGAACGCAAAGAAUACCUCGGCAUAUUUGUUUUUUUUUUUUUUUUUCCAAAGCUGUCCCUCAGAAAGGGUAAGCUUAACUGAAAUUAAAUUCAUAAACAUUGUUCAGUUUCAGACAAUUCAGAUUUACAGAUUUGUUCUGUCCAAUAUACCGAAUGAUGCGUAAUUCGAAACGUCUCAAUGGCUCGAUAGUGUCUAUCAGAGAAGGUCAUUUAAUAAUCAAGUCGGAGAAACAGCUGCGAAGAAGACAAAACUACCUAUACCAUGUAAGCCUCACCGCAAUAACGAAAUAUUUAACUUUAAAUCUAAAUUCUUAAGCCUUUAUUUGUGACCUUUAAUGACUAAAUCUGUUAAUUCAGUGUGACUAACGAUUUUAAAACCCGUACCUUGUUGAGGAUAAAUGCUGACUCACUUAAAAGGACUUUCCUUCCCCUUUCAACCCAGAUAUUACAAACAGGCUAUAUCGACCUUUCAACGAAAAUCAGGCCGCGGUAAGUUGUCAGACAUGCAAGAGUUGAAUGUCACGACACCGAUUGAAAUGGAUGUAUGACUAACGUGACAAAGGAAGUCGUUGAUCCUUUCAGUCAACUGGUUUUAUAAACAACCAAUGACAUUUCGACUUCGAAACGAGUUUCGAAAACAGAAUUCUUAAUGACUCUCGUAGUUACAAACGAAAUUUGAGUUAUGAAAGAUGUACUGACGGAUUUUUAAUGAAAAGUCACUAAUAACUGUCACAAUCUUGAAAAUAAUUAAUAAACUUCCUUAAAUUUCAUGGCUUAAUUGAAAUUAAUUCUAUUGAAAGUGGAUUUCGGACCACGGGACCAGAUUCAUUGACAUGCAAUUAGCAUCCGAAAUUCCCAGAAAUCCACUGACACGUUGCGCAUGAGUAAAGAGCUUGCUAAAAAGAAAUCUUGCUGUAAACAACGCUUUCUGGCGUUCUAUCUGACUCCGUAUUUUAGUCUUCUCCUUCUUUAAACAGGUAUGGCUGCUUCUAAGGAGAAGCUUUAUAUUUUCCAGCGGGAAGAUGUUUUCAUCAAGAGUCUUAUUCUUUCUAAUACCGAGCAAGAGGCUAGUGGAAAUCUGUUUGGUUUGUGGACUACCGAUGGCGAACCUGUGAUCCACAUUGUUUCAAUAGAGCAUUCCUGCGAAGUUGAAAAGGAUCCUUCGCUUUCGCAUAUCGGUAAUUGGUAUUAUGGCCAUUCUUCAAAGUAUUUUAGAUCAGGAAGGAGUCAGAAAGACGUCGCAAAUUGCAGCCAUAGAACAGAGGGAAGAUUUCUUCAAAUGAAAAUUAUUAUCGACCGUUCAGGACAAGAAGUCACGCUUCAGCCAUAUAUCGUCAACUUACAGAGAGGUCGUCCAAGAGGCCUUGACGUUGAAGUUCUGAAAACUGAAAACCUAUUUAGGACCAUCAAUACACGCAGUCGUUUGGAGGGCAGUUUUGAGAGGGAAGAAGAAAUGGAAUGGUCUCCCUCCGGAGAUUACCCAGGCUCUACAUACCCCCAAAAAGGUCCCGAUGGAGAAAAUUAUCACGCAAGUGGAGCUGUUCAAAGGCAUUUGGAAGAAGAGAGGCUUCGAAGCAAUGAUGAAUAUCUAUCAGGUACACGGCGGAGAAGCAGGCUGUCUCCUUCUGGCUACCAGCGGUACACAUCUAAUGAUUUCAAGGUGUUUAUGUUUAAAGAAGAUAUCGAGAGGAUGGAAAAGUAUAUUCGUGCAUACCCUCAUCAAGAGACUGGAGGAGAUCUGUUUGGUUUGUGGACCUCCAGUGGUGACGCGGUUAUACAUGUUGUUCUGGGACCAGGUAAGAACUGCAAACGGACUGGCACCUCAUUUUAUCAAGAUAUUCCCUAUCUGCAUAGAAAUGGCAACCUUCUUACUCAAGACUACUUGUUGUGCCACAUUGGAGAAUGGCACUCUCAUCAUCAGCUGCAACUUUUCCAACCAAGCCAAGGCGACUCGACGACUGUGAUAAGACACUACCCUAGAGGGACACACGGCUUUCUACUGAUCAUUGGCAACAUCGAGCGAUCUGGUUCUGUGAUACUGUCACCGUAUCUUUACACAGAGAGAUCCAUAUAUAGCUUUGAUAGAAAGGGGACAUUAGAACAUCUCCGCAUUGAAAGUCCCUUCAGCAAAAUCGAGAAGAUAAAAAAAAGCAUGAAGGAAGGAAGACAA